AUGGGACAGCCGUCAUUUCAGGCUUCCAAUGCCAUCAUCUACCUGACAUAUGGCGCUUUUCUAGUGCUCGGCACCGGCAUCGCGUGGCGCCUGCGCAAGCAGACCAAGAACAGCGAUCUGCUGGCCGGCAACAGAACGCAGACCGCCCUCGGUUCCGGUAUUCUGUUCUCGUACCCCCAGCUGGCUGUUAUCUCGGGUCUUCAGGGCGUCCUCGUCUACGCCCUGUCGUCAGCCCUGCCGCUGUUCGUCUUCGCCGCGCUCGGCCCGGCCAUCCGCCGCAAGUGCCCCGACGGCUUCGUCCUGACCGAAUGGACGCGCCAACGGUAUGGUCUCCCUGCCGCCAUCUUCCUCGGUUUCCUGACUCUGGCCACGCUCUUCCUCUACAUGGUGGCUGAGCUGUCGGCCAUUGGCCAGGUGGUCACUGCGUUGACCGGCCUUGAUGGCCUUCCGGUUGUCAUUGUGGAAGUAGUUGUAACGACCAUCUACACAGCUGUCGGCGGUUUCCGCAUCUCGUUUCUUACGGACAACGUCCAGGGCGCUUUGGUCCUCGGCCUCAUCAUCAUUGCGUCCAUUACUGUCGGCGCGAAGACCCACAUAAGUCACCAGGAUGUGAUUGACUCCGGCCUGCUCGAAGCCAACCUGCUUGGCUGGCAGCUGCUGUAUAUUUUGCCCAUUGCUAUCCUGACCAACGACUUCUUCCUGUCCAACUUCUGGCUGCGCACCUUCGCCUCGCGUACGGACAAAGACCUCUGGAUCGGCGUCUCGUUGGCGGCUUUUGCCAGCCUGAUCAUCCUCACUCUGGUUGGUGUUGGCGGCCUCGUUGCGGUCUGGUCUGGCGCAUACCCUGGCGAGGGUGUCGAUCCUGCGGAUGCCGACAGCAGUGUCGCCUUUUUCCUGCUUCUGGCUGAACUACCCAGCUGGGUCGUUGGCAUCGUCCUCGUCAUGUCCGUCAGCCUGUCCACGGCGGCGUUUGACUCACUUCAGAGCGCCAUGGUCUCGUCUGCCUCCAACGACAUCUUCCGCAACCGCCUUGGCCCUAUGUACAUCCGCGCUGGUGUGGUCCUGAUUAUCGUGCCUGUCGUCGUUCUGGCUCUCAAGACCCCUAGCAUCCUGCAGAUCUACCUCAUUUCCGACCUGGUGUCUGCCUCGACCAUCCCUGUGCUUAUUUUUGGCCUUUGGGAUCGCUUCUCCCUAUGGAACGGCACCGAUGUCAUCGUCGGUGGUCUCGGCGGCCUGCUGACCGUUUUCAUCUUCGGUACCAUCUACUACGGCGACGCCUUGACGGGCGCCCAGCUGCUUCUGCUCGAGCAGGGUUUGUACGAGGGCGACUGGGGUGCCUUUGGCGCCUUUGUGGCUGCGCCAAUUGGUGGCAUCCUCUUCGGCUGCGGAUCGUUCGUUCUGCGCAUGGCCUUUGAGUUCUUCCGUGCCCGCACCCAGGGCCGCCCCUUCCAGCCAAUCAACCCGCGCGCCCACGAGAUUGGCGCCCAUGCUAGCAGCAGCGACCUUGGUGCUGAUGCCGGCAACACCGUCACCACUGUUCCCGCCGGCACCUACACCGGCGCAUCUGGUCCCAGCAUUGACGCUUACGAAGAAACGUCGGGUCGCAAAGGCCCCAAAGACUUUUAG